UGUCUACAACUUAAGUGUGUCGUAAAAUGUUACGGCAGUGCUUGUGCUCAGACCCUAAAGAGUGCUCAAGAAUGCUAACACUGGCUAAUACUAUGAAAACGGAGAAUAUUUAGCGAAAAUGACAUGAGAGGUCAAGUUCAUCUAAAAGUGAAUGUGUUACCUCAAAAAAUAUUUCACAAGAUUAAACAGUUAUAUAUGACAAAGCGGAUAGUACUGUAUUAGAAGAAAUGUUAAUUGAAGAAGUAAAAAUGCGACCUCCUAUAUAUGAUUAUACCCUACCUUUAGCAGCUCAUGGAAGACAUAAAAUUGCAGAGUUUGGAAGGAAAUUGCAGAAGCUCUUAACGGUCUUAUGAGUCCUGAAGAGGCAAAAAAACGGUGGAAAACAUUGAAAGAUACUUUUAGUAAAGUAAUAGCUGAAGAAAAAAAGCCCAGUGGAUCAAGUCGAAUUUCGAAAAAGUCUUGGAAACAUUUAGAGUUGAUGUUCUUCUUACGAUCAGUAUCAACAUGCAAAAGUUCCAUUUCUAAUGUUGCGGCCGUUUUUAAUAUUCCAAUGAAUGAGUUUAAUUUGUCUGAAGAUAGCACAGACAAUGUCGUUGAAGACUAUAAAGAUCAGUCAUGUAAAAAUCGUAAUAAAGGUUAUAACGCUAAAAGCAACGAUGAUUUUAAUGCAUCAAUGAUUCGUAUAGCUGAUGCAUUUUGUAAGAAAGAAACGCCUAUAAUAAGCUUACCAAAAUUACCUUAACUUACUGCAUUGGAUGGGAUGCUAUUAUAUAUAAAAGAAAAAUUGCGGAACCUCAGUUCAGAAAAGCGGGAUAAACUUUUACUGAAAUUUCUACAAGAUAUCACAAGGGAAGAACGAUACGAAUGUGAAUAAUUGCGUACUUUUGUAAUGAGAGCGUCCCGUUUGCCACAUUGCAAAUUUUGUGAUGUGUUUGCAAUACUAUCAUUCUUUUAUGAUAGUACAUUUAACGUUCAUAAUUCU